AUGGCGUCUCAAUAUAACGAUGAUAUUGAUGAUGAAAAUUAUGAAAAGAAAUUAGAAAAUGCAUUUAAUAGUGAAAAAUCAUUACUUUUAUCUAAUAGUAAUAAUAAUAUUUCCUAUUAUGAUAAUAAUGUAAAUUCUAUUAAUAAUAAUUAUAAUGAAAUUCCAAUUUUAGUUGAAAAGAAAAGAUUUUCAAAUUUUACAAAAAUAUUUCAAUCAGAAUCAAUGAAGAGAGUUAGAAGAUGGAUAGCAUUUAUUGUUGGUUGUUUUAUAAUGACUGCAAGUGGUACUCCUUAUUCAUUUUCAUCUAUUAGUCCUUCUCUAAAAAAAACAUUUUUAUUAUCACAAAGUGAAGGAACAUCAGCCAAUUUAGGAUCUAAUUUUAGUUUUAUAUUUUCAUUUGUAAAUGAUAUAUUUGGAUCUAGAAUUAGUAGUUUAUUAGCAGGAGCAUGUUUAUUUUUUUCAUAUUUUUCCAUGUCCUUAAUUGUAACUGGUAAUUUACCAUUUAUAGAUCCAUAUAUAGCAUUUUGUUUUUUAAUGUUUUUAAUGGGAAGUGCAUGUGGAGGUGGUUUUAUAUCUUCAAUUUCUACUUCAAUGAAGAAUUUUCCAGAAAGAAAUAGAGGUCUAGUUAUUGGAGUAUUAUCAUCUUGUUAUGGUAUUAGUAGUGCAAUAUAUUCAGGUGCAUAUUUAUAUAUAUUUCAACAAGAUUUAGAAAUUUAUUUAAUAUUUUGUGCUGUAUUAGGAGGUGUUGUAGUAAUGAUAAUGGGUCCUAUAUUUUUAGAUAGUAAGGCUAAUUCACUUACUAUAAAUAGUAAUAAUAAUAAGAAUAAUCAAAAUGAUAAUAAUAAUCAAAUUGAAAAUGAAAAUGAAUCAUCUAAUGUAGAUAACGUAGAUAAUUUACAUGAUGUUGAUGAUAAUGUAAAUAAUAAUUUAAAAGAAAAUAAUUUAAAAGAAAAUGAAACUUUAAAAGAAAGAAUUACCAAAAUAGAAUUAAAAUUAAAAGAAAAUGAAGCACCAAAUGUCAAUCCAUUUAAAAUGUUAAUUUCAUUAGAUUUUUAUUUAUCAUUUUUAAUAACAUUUUUAUUUGCCGGAUCAGGAAUUGUAAUAAUUAACAAUUUAGGAUCAAUAGUCCAAUCUUAUGGUGGUAAAAAUGGAGAACAAAAUAAUAUGGUAAUUGUAUUUAGUUGUUGUAAUUGUAUUGGUAGAAUUUUAUUUGGAUUUGUGAGUGAUAAAUUAUUUAAUCCAUUAAAAAAUUUAACAAGAAUUACAUUUAUAGGAAUUACUAUAUUAAUGAUGAUGAUUGGUCAAUUUAUAUUUUCAUUUUUACCAUUACCAGGUUUUUAUCCAUUAAUUAUUUUUGUAGGAUUGAGUUAUGGUGGAUUUAUGGCAUUGAAUCCAAGUUUUAUAAGUGAAAGAUUUGGCGCCAAAUAUUACGGUUUAAAUUCUACAAUUCAUUCAUUAUCAUCUUCAUGUGGAUCGUAUGCAUUUUCAACUGGUUUAGCUGGUCAUUUGUAUCAAUUAAAUAUUAAGGAACCUAGAAUGUUAACAUGUCAUGGUAGAGAAUGUUAUGAAUUGACUUUUAUUAUUCUAUCCGUAUUGAAUGGUUUAGCCUUUUUAUUAACUUUGAUUUUACAUUGGAGAACAUUGAAUUUGUAUCACUUGUUGAAAUUUAGAAGACACUUGUUGGAAAAAUUAAAUUUAUUACAACAAGAAGAAAAACAAUUGGAAUCAACAAUAAUAAAUUAA